AUGGCUCCGUGGGAGAAGGGCGGCCUCGUCUCCGUGGGCUACGGGGACGACGACUUCACCCGCCUGGACGGCGACGAGGACGGCUACGAGGAGGAGGAGGACGAGAACAGCAGGCAGUCCGAAGAUGACGAUUCAGAGACUGAAAAACCUGAGGCUGGUGACCAGAAGGAAUUCUCAGAACUGGAGAAAAGAGAUCCCCAGGAGCUAGUUGCCUCUUUUUCAGAGAGAGUGAGGAAUAUGUCUCCUGAUGAGAUCAAAAUCCCACCUGAGCCUCCUGGCAGAUGCUCUAACCACUUACAGGAUAAAAUUCAAAAGCUGUAUGAGAGAAAAAUGAAAGAGGGCAUGGAUAUGAAUUAUAUCAUUCAAAGGAAAAAGGAGUUCCGCAACCCCAGCAUCUAUGAAAAACUGAUCCAGUUUUGUUCAAUCGAUGAACUUGGCACAAAUUAUCCAAAGGACAUGUUUGAUCCUCAUGGCUGGUCAGAGGAUUCCUAUUAUGAGGCACUAGCUAAAGCACAGAAGAUUGAAAUGGACAAAUUGGAGAAGGCCAAGAAGGAACGCACAAAGAUUGAGUUUGUGACUGGCACUAAAAAGGGGACAACGACGAGCGCUGCCUCUACAACAACCACAACAGCCAGUACCACUGUGGGAGAUGCACAGAAGAGGAAGAGCAAGUGGGACUCGGCCAUCCCUGUAACAACAAUAGCUCAGCCCACCAUCCUCACCACGACCGCCACGCUGCCAGGUGUUGUCACGGUGACAACAAGCGCAAGUGGAUCCAAGACUACAGUCAUCUCUGCUGUUGGCACCAUUGUGAAAAAGGCAAAGCAGUGACUAGCGUGCUGGGCUCGGGUUUUCAGACUGAGUUGUCAUCGAAGCCGUUGCCUUCAGAAGGGAGGGCAAGAUUUCCCCUUCGGUAGGAGAUGACAAGACUUUGAAGCAGACCACAGUUGCCAUUUGGAAGGACAGGGGCAGGCACGGGCAUGCCGGCUCCGUGCCCGCAGGAACGGACCUAUGCCCAAAACGCC